AUGGCUUUGGUCCAAUACCUUAAGAGGGUUGUCGCCUGGAUCGCUCCUCCACCAACAAAAUCCGCGGAUGGUCGCGAUCAAUGGCCCUCACGCGCGGCUUUUCUUCUCGCUGCCAUGGGGGGUUGCGCUGGUCAAGGGAACCUGCUGCGGUAUCCUUCCGUGGUUUACAGCAACUACGGAGUUCAGUGGUUCAUUCCCUACCUGAUCGCCGUUAUUGUCAUCGCUAUCCCCGCCCUCAUUCUUGAAAUAUCUAUCGGCCAGGCCUACCGUGGUGGAAGUGUCAUCGCUUUCAACAAUGUUCACAGGCGACUGAAAGGCGUAGGCUUGGGUCCCAUCAUUGUCAGUUUCUUGGUCACCCAAUAUUUCACAGUCAACCUAGCGUGGAUUAUGAACUAUUUCCGCAACUCCUUCGUUAGCCCCUUGCCUUGGGAGGGCAAAAUUGAAGGGUUCUACCAUCGGGAUGUGGUCCAGAAUAUAGAUCCAAUCCCUGGCAGUCUAACGGUUGGAAAUCGCGCGGUUGCUACCUAUACCCAGUAUCCCGGGGUUCGUCUCAUUGGCGAAACUGUUGGUUGGAGUGUUUUUAUCUGGUUCCUGGUUUGGUUGUCAAUCUUCCGUGGUGUGGGCCUGACCGGCCGGGUUGUCUACUGGACAAUGGGACUGCCGAUUGUCACCACGAUUAUUCUAGUGGGCCGCUCCUGUUCCCUUGAGAAUGCCGUUGAAGGUGUCAAACUCCUUUGGGCUACAUGGAGGGGGGCCCAGCUAGCAACACCAAAAGUCUGGCAAAUAGCCGUGGGGCAAGUCUUCUUUUCUACUGGCAUCGGAUUCGGGUACUUUACAUCUUACGCCUCCUAUAACGCAAAGUAUUCAAACGCUGUGAUGGAUGCCGUCCUUAUCUGCGGGAGCAAUGUGCUUUUCGAGAACGUCGCGGCCUUCGCCAUCUUCGGUGUUGUCGGUUACCUACGCCGUUGGCCGGAUUCGAACGAGCAAUUGGGCGCCUUUGUUGUGGGGUUCCUCACUCUCCCUGAAGCGGUACUUCACAUGCCAGGUGCCAAUUUCUGGGCGGUUCUCUUGUUUUUCACACUUGUCGUCCUGGGCUUUAGUUCAGCCUUCGUGAUGCUGGAUGCUUGCGCGACGCUCGCGGUUGACGCCGGAAUAAAAUAUUCCCGCCCUGUCGUUGUUACGUUUCUCACCAUACUAUCAUUCCUCAUGUGUCUACCCUAUUGUACAGAGUUUGGCUUCUAUCUCCUCGAUGGAAUAGACAGGUGGAUCAACAAUGUGGUCUUGCUUUUUGUCGUUUGGUCUGAGCUGGUCAGUGCCACAGUUGUAUACCGCUGGACUGAUGUCACCUCCCAAACUGGACUGCCCGCCUUCGUGACUUACAACAUCGGAUAUUUCGGCGGGCAGAUUGUUGGCAUCAGCGUUGCACAUGCUCUUGAGAAUCCAACUGCUGGUGCAAUCGCUGGCUUUGGCCUAUACAUCUCCUCGAUUCUCUCGGUUCUUCUCGCCAAGACGCCCGACAUAAAAGCGCCCAGCUUUUGGCACAAUAAUAUUUUCCUUGUGCGAUUCUGGUAUCUUGCUUUCUACUCUGGAAAUCAACUCCGUCAUGACCUUAACCUCGUUGUCAGCAGCCGCAAGGGCAAUUGGCGAAUCCCACGUUUCUGGCCCUUGUUGCUUCGAUAUAUUAGCGCUCCUAUCCUCGCGAUAAUCUUUAGCUUCGCUUAUCCGCAAUUCCACACGCUACGGUACGACCCACUGAUGAUUGCAGGCUUUAUUUUGGCCCAUAUAUGUCUCCUUGCAAUACUAUUAGGCUUCGUGAUGCCAAGGUAUUAUGAUAUUUUUAUCCCACCGCUUCGCAGAGCUGAAGGAACAGAGGAAACAGUUGCGAAUGAGCCAAAGGUCAGGGAUGAUGAUGUCAUUGAUCUACCAGCUAUUGUCAGUGAUCUUGUCGAGGAUGGCUUUGGGAAAUUAACCGAAUCUAGCAAAUAA